CAACACGGAGCCAUUUCAGUGUGACACACGUCGCUUUAUUAUACCCCGCACAAUAAACUCAAAAAUAUUUCAAUGCUAAGACUAUACUAUUAAUAAAGCAGUUUAAACUCAGCUGGGACCCAGGGUUACCUUAAAAUGAAGCAGGCGCAAGUUGAUGAUACAGAAGAUGUAUCACUGGAUUUCGGGGCAGAGGACGAAGAACGGACUUUGAGGAGAGUUAAAAUAAGGCAUCCUUUAGCAACCUUUUUCCACCUCAUUUUUCGAAUAAGUGCCAUUGUGACUUACCUGUUCUGUGACUGGUUCAGCAAGAGUUUCGUCACCUGCUUUGUACUGAUCAUUACCCUCCUGUCCUUUGACUUCUGGUCUGUUAAGAAUGUAACUGGGAGGCUUCUGGUGGGGCUGCGCUGGUGGAAUCAGAUUGAUGAAGAUGGCAAAAGUCACUGGGUGUUUGAAGCCAAGAAGAACAAGAACACAGCGACAGAAGCAGAAGCUCGGGUUUUCUGGUUGGGUCUCAUCAUCUGCCCCAUCAUUUGGACUGCAUUCUUCUUCAGCACCCUCUUCUCUCUCAAGCUGAAGUGGCUUGCUCUGGUAAUUGCAGGCAUCUCCCUUCAGGCAGCCAACCUCUACGGUUAUAUCCGCUGCAAGGUUGGAGGAGAGACUGGGAUUCCAAGCUCAGCUUCAUUCCUUGGACAGCAGUUUCUCCAGAGGCCAGACAUCAUAUUUGGUGCUCUCUAAAGGAAGUAUCCUGCCUCACACUGUCUCUGCACCAGAAGCUCUUACGGCAGAUCUUUGAUUUAUUCUUCUCUCUCAUCUACCCGUGAUGGUCACUGGAGAAAACCGCUGCAAUGAUAAAUAACGUUACGUCUUUUAUUUUUGAUAAUUUAACUCGGCUUAUCUAAAUAAUAAAAUCUUCAUUGUCA